AUGGUGUCCUCAGAGCCUGGCUCACGGCAGGACAGCCUGCGCUCUUCAGGAAGGACUGGAGACGAGUGCAACCCUCAGAAACUAUCUAAGUAUUUUAGAACAUGCUCAAGAGGUGAGCACUUAACUAUAGAGUUUGAGAAUCUAGUAGACAGUGAUGAGGGGGAGAGCCCAGGAAGCAAUCAUAGGCCUCUUACUGAGGAAGAAAUUGUUGACCUAAGAGAAAGGCAUUAUGAUUCUAUUGCUGAAAAACAGAAAGAUCUUGAUAAGAAAAUUCAAAAAGAGUUAGCCUUACAAGAAGAGAAGUUAAGACUAGAAGAAGAAGCUUUAUACGCUGCACAGCGUGAAGCAGCCAGGGCAGCAAAGCAGCGAAAGCUCUUGGAGCAAGAAGGGCAGAGAGUUGUGCAGCGAUAUCAUCCUUCCAACCAUGGAGAAUAUCAAAGUUCAGGACCAGAAGACGACUUUGAGUCCUGUUUGAGAAAUAUAAAGUCACAGUAUGAAGUUUUUCGAAGUAGUAGACUCUCAUCAGAUGCCACAGUUUUAACACCAAAUACAGAAAGCAGUUGUGAUUUAAUGACCAAAACUAAAUCAACUAGUGGAAAUGAUGACAGCACAUCCUUAGAUCUAGAAUGGGAAGAUGAAGAAGGAAUGAAUAGAAUGCUUCCCAUGAGAGAACGUUCCAAAACAGAGGAAGACAUUCUCCGAGCAGCACUUAAGUAUAGCAGCAAGAAGUCUACAAGUAAUCCUACAUCAGCCUCUGAUGAUUCCAAUGGGCUAGAGUGGGAGAAUGAUUUUGUUAGUGCUGAAAUGGAUGAUAAUGGCAAUUCUGAGUAUUCUGGAUUUGUAAAUCCUGUAUUAGAACUGUCUGAUUCUGGCAUAAAGCAAUCUGAUGCAGACCAACAGACUAGAUAGGGUAAAAUUGCGUAACCCUGUUUAUCAGUUAUGACCAAAUGUUAAAAACCAACUAGAAUGUAUAAAUUGUUUUGUAAGGGGGAGGUAAGAAACCAUGUUGUAAAUGUGUAUUGUAUUAGAAAGGAGUAAGAAUGAUAGGAUAGAUUUGAUUUGC